GUAUAAAAACUAGAACAUCUUAAAAUACAUUUUUUCGCUCAUGUACAUGGUAUCUUUGCACCUUUUCAUAAAAUGUUCUAAUAUUUGCUUUGCCGACGCGGUUGAAGAGUUAAAGUACAUUGUAUAUACCUGGGUUGAUAACAGGAGAAGUGUUACCUUAACAUCGGUGAUUUCUUAAAACAAAUAACAAUGGGUGGCGAAUGGAUGAAGAACAUGUGCGGGGCAAAACUAGAUGAUGAAUCCAUGCAGAGGGUAGCACAUCCUAGACUCGAACUUACGACCCACGUAACAAUAAAAACUGUUCAAAGUUUCGGCUUCAUAGGUACUGUAUUAGUUGGCCCUAUCAAUGCCGCAAUUCGACCAGAAACUCGAAACUGGGCGAGUGUCCAGGAGAAAAUGACCCGAGCUGGAACCAACGGCUUAAUAAUAGGGGCUGUCUUGGGUCCGGUAUUGACAUAUCUAGCAACAAAGAAUGAAAAAGACGGUUAUAAGGUUUGGGAUAGGUGCUAUAGACUUCGUUAUAAUCGGUGCCAAGUUCGAGUUGAUCGACUGUCAGUCCUCGGAGCGGCUACUGGAGCGGCUAUUGCGUAUGGGACGGCGCAUGCAGGAGGUGUUGCGUUCGGAAGUCUUGUCGGAAUGUCGUCUGGAAUAUUACUUGGGGCAAUUAUAAACGCUACGUGUGUUUAAUUGAUGACAAAAUCUAGUAUAAGACGAAGAUUUGGAAAUAAGACAUACUAAUCUAGUAUGAACUACGUUUUUCAGCCUGUUAAUUUUACACAAUUAACUUUAUGCAUUUAUGUUUUUUAUAAAUUGUGUGAAGCAAAUCGGAAGAUAGGUUAAACCUCAAA